UGUCUCAAUAUGCAGUAUAAUGACAUUGUAUGAUUAAACCAUGCAGCUAGCAUGCUUCGUUGGGCUUAACAAGCUAUGCGCCAACUCCGUCAACGAAUAGUAUAAUGCUCAGUAAUUCCCAACCGCGGUUCAAGAAAACGUAUGCUAUACAUCAAGCACGAUUCAGCCAUAGAACAGAAAAAUGUGCAAGUAGUUUCUAAAUCAAUCGCUUGAUGCAAGUACUUGUCAGCAGGCGUUUAGAUGAUAUGGAAGGACAAAUGUAACUAUGGCAACGAGUUGUUCAUCCAAUGGUCAAUGGGAUAUAAUGUGAAAUUACACUUGGAGAAUGCAUGCAAAUUGCCGGGCCGUCUAUUCAUCAGAUUGCGGUGCUAUUCCCGUUACUGUAAAGCGUAUAUUGUAUGAACUCAGUGUUCCGAGGAAACCGAGUGUCGUUUAUGACUGUGAGAAAGCUUUAUUGAAUCUACUGUACAUAGAAGAUUUCAUAAACACGAUACUUAAAUGCAUUAAACUAAAUAAAUCACUUGUUCAAAAUCUGAAACGCCCUGCACCAACCCACAAUGAAAGACACGGCAGCAAUCAUGUUGCAGAUGACUAUAUUAUUAACGCUAUGGUUGAUUUCAUUCGUAGGUAACAUGCUUGUGUUAAUAGUUGUUUUUCGUAGCAAACGUCUCCAAAGCACCACGAAUUAUUUCGUUGUUUCGUUAGCUUCUAGUGACAUGUUAAUGACAAUAUUCUGUAUGCCGUUUAUAGCAACGCGUAUUGUGAGUGAUGAGUGGAUUUUGAAAGAUGCGUUAUGUAAAUGGACGCGAUUUGUAGAGUACCUGGUGCCGAGUGUCACUGCAUUUAUUCUGGUAGCAAUUUCAACCGACAGAUUUUACACUAUCAUCUACCCACUGACGUUCAAGAUUACCCGUGGUACUGCGAAGAGACUCAUAAUGUUAAGUUGGCUUUUUGCUGUUCUUCUAUCAUUCCCAUCGUUUUUUACAACAGAAACAGAAACUAUGGAUAAAGGGACUUUUUGUUCUGUAUGUUCCGCGAAGCCGGGAGGAAGAUCCUUCAUCUUAGGACUUUUCUUAAUGGUGUAUGUGUUUCCUGGUGUGAUGGUUAUUUCAAUUUAUACCAAAGUUGUAAGUCAUAUUUGGACUGUUGGAAUUAGCGUUAGAACUUUUCAAAGAACAUCAAAUUGCAUACCUCGUGCCAAGGUAAAAACAGUAAAAAUGUUGAUUUUUGUAACUAUUGUGCAUUUCUGUUCAUGGCUACCAUUAUUUUGUGUUCAGAUGACCAAGUCAUUUAGUAAUGAUUGUAUUGUUAAAACGUAUUUGUAUGUUGGUGCGGUGUUGCUGGCCUAUGCGCCAAGCGCCUCCAACGUUGCAAUUUACUCUUACUACAACUCUAACUUUCGUCGCGGUUGUAAAGAGGUGUUUUGUAUGUCGACGAUGCGCUGCAAAAGAGGAGAAACGUACGCAAUAACGAAUGCGUCAAAGCUACGAAAAAACAAUUCUAUUGUCCCUUUGUCGGACAGCUCACUGGGAACUGACGUCACCAAUUCAUCGUAUACGCGCUUCAACAGGACAGCUAAUGGAGAUUGUAACAUAGCCUGGCCACUGGCAUCAUCCGGAACCCAUAACACGUAUCUAUAAAAGGAAGGAAAUGAACUCCAGACAGCCACACACACUAAAGCAUUCUUAGAAGUUUAAAACUCCUCUAAUAUAGUGGUUUGUGCCAACUAAAGCAAUCGGAUUACUUGAUGGAUAUAUCCAUACGUACACACACCACCCCCCCCCCCACACACACACAC